GGAGAACCUCGUGCGCGCAAACGUUGACGCAGGCACCCCGGUGGACAUCUUCUUUGGGAUGAAACCGCAGACUGACGAGCAGAACUACGCGUCCAACAAGGGAGAGAGCAAGUGGCUGGCGACAGAGGCCUCCUCGCAGAAGUAUGCGAGGGACCCGAGAAUGACCCAGCAGAGCACCGCGAACGCCUCCAGCAAGGAGCUGCUCAGGCUGCUCUGCGAGUGGUCCCUCGAGGCGGGCGCGGGCAGGUGCGUGGCGGAGCAGGAGACGGAGCAGCCGCUCGAGCUGCCCAACGACGAGGCGCACAGGACCAUCAUGUCCUACUACACUCCGCUCUCGACCGCAACGGGCCAGAACGUUUUGAGAAAGUGGCGCACCAUCGAGAGGCUCCUGAGCAAGGCGAGGGAGGCGGAGCUGGCGCACGGCUUCCGGUAUAACUCGGUGCUGGUCACGCGCGACGACACCUAUUGGCUGACCCCGUACAUAUUCGACACGAUGGAUUUCGAGGCUCGCCCCGCCACGCUGAGGUCCACCUCCUGCCUGGAGGCGCACGGCAUCAAUGACAAAGUGAUCCACCUGGGUCGGGACGCCGCUGAUCGGAUGGGGGCCGCCUACGAGGCCUGGAAGCGAGUGCCCCACGACGCGCUCAAGGACAGCCGCAACGCCGAAGAGUUCUUGUUCAAGCUGGCGAUGUCGGAGGGUGUCGGGGUCAGGCCGACUGGUUUCAGGUACGCCCUCGGGGCCAUGACGCAGAGCGGGAUCCCCUGCUUCCGCAAGCAGUCCUACAACCUGACCGACAAGGGUGGCUAUCACAAGUGCCACGACGAGGCCACCGAGGACGGCCCGGUCACGAAACUGUUCAGGACCUUCAGCUGCGACGCCAUGAGCCCAGCCUUCUUCGACACCCUGAGCAGCGACGAGGUCGCCGCGCUCAGGGGCACCGUCCUCGAGGCGUCAGGAGGGGCCCAUAACGUGUCUGUCGUGUUCACCAUCGCCGACCUCACAGACAUCGAUAAGGCCGUCAUGACGCUGGCCAGCUUGCGGUCGGCCGACCCGUCCGCGAGGGCCGUCGUGGUGACCCGGGCGCAUGGUUGCGAGAGGAUCAGGCGCGCGGCUGGCAAUUCUGCGUGCGUUGAGAUGCCCUGGUUACUCGACGACCAGAGGGUUAAGGUCGCCUUGCUCACCACCGCCGUCUUCAGCGGUGCGGCUGGCGGCAUACUCUUCGCGGAGCCUGGGGUCGAGUUCCAGGAGGACCCAAUAGCCGCGUUCACAGAGGUCAGUGGUGGCCACGAUGUCGUCUUCGCUCCGAGGCAGUCCGCGCAGUGUGAUGCGAUGGCCGCCGGCGCCGACGUCAGCGGCAGCCUGUUCUACGUGAAGAGCACGCCAGGAGGGUCGCACGCGCUCAUGCGGGCAUGGAUGUUCUUGGUCGAGGAAAAGCUUCCCGGAGGCUACUACGUGGGCGAGCGGGUCGUCUCGGGCAUCAGCUUUAAUCGGAUGGACUUGUCGUUGAACGUGGGCGACGCCGGUAUUGUCAGGGGCCCCUCGCGGAAGGACCCGGAGCGCGUCGUCGUCGACUUCGACAGCUGGACCUCGACGUCGGGCCUCGCGCUGCUGCCGAAGCAGUUCUCGCCCCUCGCGAGCUCCUGGUCCCUGCUCGCGCGCGCCGCGGCGGCCUCCCCGGGCGUGCGGGCGACGGCGACGGCGUGCGGCCGGCUGGGCUGGGCGCACCUGCCCGAAAAGAGUGAGGCUUGCAGACGUCCCCGCCCCCUCCGCUGCUUCGUCUGCCCGCUGCCUAUCUCCCUCCUCGGAUUCGAGGAGGGAAGACCAGAUCGAGAGGCAUGACGGGAGGUAUGCAGCCCUAGAUUUCGCCGUUUGGGCGAGCGCACGAUCGGAUUGCAUGGUUGCACUCCGUUAUCCUCGUCAUUCCUCCUCCUCCUCCUCCUCCUCCUCCUCCUCCUCCUCCUCCUCCUCCUCCUCCUCCUCCUCCUCCUUCUCCUCCCUCUGGCUUCUCCUCAUUCUGUUCCAUUCUGAUCGCCAGAGAACGCUCGAACUCGUACAGGGGGUUCGAGUCAGGGGCAAUAAGAUUCGGAGAGGAGACCCCUCAGGCUGCUUCGAAUUCGGGGCUUGGUGGUCACCAUCUUGGCCCAGCUCUGCACAGAUGGCCCAACGCUCAGCAUUGCACCCUGGGAAGAGGCAGUGACGGUUUUUGGCCGUGCGCAGUCCCCACGGGAAGA